GCUGAGCCCUCCAGAAUCGUUGUGCCUGACUGAGAAAGUGGAGGUGGCAGAAUUUAGCUGUGAAAAACUCCUGGAGUUUGGUUACCAUGUGGCAUUGCUGGAUGCCCUUUAUCUUGGCCUGGGUAUCCAUGGCAACUCCAUCACUCUGUCAAAGUGGAGACUGGGGUUCAGGCUUUGACAUUUACUCUUCGAUAAUGGCCACCAAUGACACAUCUCAGACAGUUGGUGAUGAGCCUGUGAGGAUAAGAAACAAUCAAGCCUGGGUCACAUCAGCAGCUUCCUCACCGUCACCGUCACCUUCACCUGUGCUGCAGUACGAGCCUCAACCUGACAAGUGCUCAGUCCACUUCAACACUAACACUGCUUGGGCUCGAAGGCUUAAGGCCGAGAAAGAGGAGCUGGCCUAUCUGCAGGCCAUUCAGCAUGGAAACAAGGCAGUGGUGGAGAACUUGGUGCAGUUUGUGGGGGCAGAGCUGGGAGAUCUGAGCUAUGAAGAUGUGAUUAAGGAAAAUAUCAUUGGCAUCCAAGAAGACCACAAAAGUUGCCACGAGGUGGUCGAGAAGGCUGAAGACGAUAUGGAAAAACAGCUGGAAGGGGAAGUGCUGCACGCUGGGAUGCAGAAAAUCAGGGAAGAGUCCUUGGCCUUUGAAGACAUGCUCCGUACUGCAGUAGACAUCGCCAACAGGCUGGAGAUCUCAUCGCAGGCUCUGCAUGCUUCAUUCACCAAGCAGCUGAAAGACAUCACAAAAAUUCACCGCUAA